AUGCUUAAAGGUGCAAAUACCAGUCCUCCUGCAACAAAUAACUGCUCCUCAACAUAUUUGCAAUCGGGUGAAAAUUCGAUCGACCUUAAUGACCACCCUGGUUGCAGAGUCGAAUCGUCUCAGGUCGGGCAGUCAUUGCCUGCGACUAUCACCCCUUCUGCGGUCAAUCCUGGGGUCGUGAUUUUACCACCACCAGCGGAGCAUCACGAGUCCGAGCAUAGCCCCUCCAACUUUGUACAAUUCACUCCAUCCUUUUAUGGUGUUACCUUUGCUGAAGGAGUUAGUUGUCCUGCGAUCGUGUUGGAUCAACAACAACAUCAAGUACCCAACAUGCUCACGCUACCCACGCCGCACAGCUCGUUCGACCAUCAUCAUGCUGAGCCAUCUCAAUUAGUACCUCAAGACUUGCCCAAAACGACCCAAAAGGAAAAUUUAGCUAUCAUCUCCCUUAAUAAGAUAUCCUCACUUCCUAAUUACACAAGCAACCAACAGCAUCCAACAACAACAAAUUCUACAAACCAAAAACAAUAUUCCUCAUCGGUGGCAGUAAAAGAGAACCUUUCAGGCGUGAAUAACCACAACAUUGGCCAAAACAUGGUGAUUGAAUGCCACGGAAAUGAAAAACCCUUAGUAUUGAAUUCAGAGCAACACAAUUCUCCCGUUCAACAUGAUGGAACGAGUCAAUAUCGAGAGCCUUGCUAUGCACAUCACCAUCCUCCUCCUCUUCUUCAUGGAUGUUAUAGUUCCAUGGCACCACAUACUGCAUACACGAUGAUCGACCAGGCUGGUUCCACUCCAUUUCAGCAUCACCAACAGAUCAAUUGUACCAUGCACCCAAGAUAUACUACAGAAGGUAUAGUACACUCACAGCAUUCGCCUUUCAGAAUGGUAGAAUCUUCUUUCAACAACGAAAGCAACAACGAAAAUAUCCAUGGCAUGUAUGAUGCAACUACCCUAUCCAUGGAUGGCAACAUGCACAAAGAAAGCCUUUCUCAUACUUACAAUUUGCAGCAAAUUCACUAUCCUUCUCCUCUCUCACUAGCACAACCAACCAGUAUAUCAUCUUUGCAACGUAAUGCUUCAUCAUUGCUUCCUUUAGGAAAUUCAACCAAUCUUGCGAGCGAUAAUUUCUCAAAAGAGAAUGGUAUGAAUCUUAGAGAGCUGCCACACCAUUAUUCGGAAGAAUCCAAGUUGCCACAACAUUUAGAAGAAUCAACUUCCAAAGUCAAGCAAACAUCAUCAAUUCCUCCAAUUGGCAUGCUUAAGGCAACGUCCAUAGGGAAGAAAGUCAAUGGCAGAUAUACCAAGCUUCGGAAGCAAUUAAGAUCAUUUGGAGGAGACUUUACGGAUAAUUACUUUGUGUUGGAUAUUGCAGCAACAACAGCAUCGGCAUCAAAUGUUACUUUCAAGAAUGCUGCAAAUGAUGGCACCACUAUGCCAUCCAUGCCUCCAUCUAAAAUUACAAAGAAACACAAGUAUGAUCUAUCCAAUACAGCCUCACACCACAUAUUAAGUACUGAACCACAACAACGUGAGAGAAAAACAUCAUCGCGUAGUGUUGCUGCUGGUCGUUCAAAACAAAAGUCCAACCCAACAACAUUAAUGAACAAUUUUGAACUCACAACACAUUCCAUUCAACAGCAGCAACACAUUCCAAUCAUACCAUCCUCUCCUCAACAUCAUGAUUCAUCUUCAAGAAAGAUCUUCUCUCAUGCAUCGAGUGAUAUCAUGAAUGAAAUGUGUCCUUCUCCCUCAACAUCUAGUUACUUGUAUCAUAGUCAAAGUUUACAUCAAAUUCCUCCUUUUAUAUCAUCUCCACAACAGUCCAAUCCUUCACAGCCAUUUUCUUCAUCAACUCCUCAACCGUACGUUCCAUAUUCUUCGAUGCCUGCGGCUGACUUGGUCAAUAGACCACCAACAUCGAUAUUGCCUGAUGUACAUGGUUCCUUAAAGGAUGCCACCCAUUCUGAAUCAAUUCAGACUACAAUGGAAAGUCAGCAUCAGCAUCUGCAACCAUCGAUGUCAUCAACAAUAAGGCAACAAGUUGUACCCAUACAUCAUUCAAUCUAUCGACUCAAUGAAACAGUUGCCACACAGUAUGAUGAAAAUCACCAUCGGCAUAUGUCUGAUUAUUACAGUUCUAUUCGAACGCAGAACAGAACAUCUUGUGUAAACACAACCUUUGAAUCCAAUGAGCGUCAUGAGGAAACAUCUCAAGCGUUACUGAACUUUUUGGUAACCCUUAAUUCUUCAAAUGCUACAACACAGGUGAUGGAUGAACAAUUAGGUAUUUCCUCAAUGCUCAUGUCUCAGAAAGAAAGUAAUCAUCCUCAACAACAAUCAAGUACUAAUUCAGCACUCACUUUAGUUGAUCACCCUCGUAAUCCUUCUCGUACGUCUUCAUCACUGAUUGAACAGAUAGACCUCAUGCCACCUGAAGACAAAUCCUUAUAUCUUAGUAUGCUUUUGAAUGAAUUAAAGGAGCAAAACAGCAACAAGUAA